GGGAAGGGGCUAAAACUGCGCAGCCAAUCGGGGCGACACUUUCGUCUUACCGGGGGACUCGUGGGUAACUUGCUCUUGGGAACCAGCACCAUGGCGUCUGGCUGCAAGAUUGGCCCGUCCAUCCUUAACAGCGAUUUGGCCAAUUUAGGGGCUGAGUGCCUCCGGAUGCUGGACUCUGGGGCCGAUUAUUUGCACCUGGAUGUAAUGGACGGGCAUUUUGUUCCCAACAUCACCUUUGGGCACCCUGUGGUAGAAAGCCUCCGAAAGCAGCUAGGCCAGGACCCUUUCUUUGAUAUGCACAUGAUGGUGUCCAGGCCGGAACAGUGGGUAAAACCAAUGGCUGUAGCAGGAGCCAAUCAAUACACCUUUCAUCUUGAGGCUACCGAGAACCCAGGGGCUUUGAUUAAAGACAUUCGGGAGAAUGGGAUGAAGGUUGGCCUUGCCAUCAAACCGGGAACUACAGUUGAGUAUUUGGCACCAUGGGCUAAUCAGAUAGAUAUGGCCUUGGUUAUGACAGUGGAACCUGGGUUUGGAGGGCAGAAAUUCAUGGAAGAUAUGAUGCCAAAGGUUCAUUGGUUGAGGACUCAGUUCCCAUCCUUGGACAUAGAAGUCGAUGGUGGAGUAGGUCCGGAUACCAUCCAUAAAUGUGCAGAGGCAGGAGCUAAUAUGAUUGUGUCUGGCAGUGCCAUUAUGAGGAGUGAUGACCCCAGAUCUGUGAUCAACCUGUUAAGAAAUGUUUGCUCAGAAGCUGCUCAGAAACGUUCUCUUGAUCGAUGAAACCACAAGGAGUUGAUGCUCAUGAAAUCUUUUUACUGGACGACAAGAAUAUUGACUAUCAAAUCCUAUCACAGUUGAAGCAGUGCUGUUUUUCUGAGCAGUCAUUCCAGUGACUAAAAUCUAUUCUGCAGAAUGUUCCAAGAGGUUAGAAAUUGGUGUGUAUAACUACAUUUUUAGUGAUGGAAUUUAAAGAUUAGUGUGGUAAAAUACCAUUUUUACUGGGAGACUUGAUUUUUAUAAAGUAAAAAUAUGGCUGUAUUAAGGUUGUAAACAAAAAUGUGUCUUAAAGCCUAAUGAAGGUGUACUAGUUACUAUGAAAAAAU